CCCAUAUGACACAAAAUCAAACUCACAACCUCUAAUGGCCUCUAUCUAUUCCCUCAAAACAGAAGUCCCUUACAGAAUUACACCAUUCUUGAUCAUCCUCAUUGUCCUUCUUAUCUCCAUCAACCCCUCACACCAAACUAAAAACCACUCUUCCCCACUCACCCAACUAAACCCAAGGCUCUCAAAAGCUUACAUAGCUCUCCAAGCAUGGAAGCACUUCAUCACCUCUGACCCAAAAAACUUCACCUCCAACUGGCAUGGCCCCUAUGUCUGCAACUACACUGGAAUCUUCUGUGCACCAGCACCAGACAACCCUCACAUCUACACCGUCGCCGGAAUAGACCUCAACCACGCCGGAAUCGCCGGUUCAUUAACGGAAGAACUAGGCCUCUUAACUGACUUAGCUCUCUUACACAUAAACUCAAACUCCUUCUAUGGCUCCCUCCCUCACACCUUCUCCAACCUCCACCUCCUCUUCGAACUCGACAUCAGCAACAACAAAUUCGCAGGAAAAUUCCCAGCAACUCUCCUCUGCCUCCCUUCACUGAAAUUCCUCGACAUCAGAUUCAACAGCUUCCAUGGUAACAUCCCUUCACGACUCUUCGAUCUCAAACUCGAUGCUCUGUUCAUCAACAACAACAAAUUCCAAUUCUCGUUACCGGAGAAUUUUGCCAACACACCUGCUUCUGUUCUUGUGUUCGCGAACAAUGACAUCAAGGGUUGUUUGCCGGCGAACUUGGGGAAGAUGAAGGGUACGUUGAACGAGAUUAUCAUCACGAACGGUGGUUUAACCGGUUGUUUGCCGGAGGAGAUUGGGGAGCUGGUGAAUGUGACGGUGUUUGAUGUGAGUUUCAAUAGGUUGGUUGGGGAGUUGCCGGAGAGUGUUGGAGAGAUGAAGGGGUUGGAGCAGUUGAAUGUGGCGGGGAAUAAAUUUUCCGGUGAGGUUCCGGCGAGUGUGUGUGGGUUGCCGCGGUUGGAGAAUUUUACGUAUUCGUUUAACUACUUUUGCAGUGAAUCGGAAGCGUGUUUGAAGCUGCGUGAGAAGGAUGAUCGGAAGAAUUGUAUUCCGUUUAGGCCGUUGCAGAGGUCGGAGAUGGAGUGUAAAGCUUUUUAUGCACAUCCUGUUGAUUGUAGUGCCUUUGGUUGUUCCGUUACAACUGCAUCGCCACCACCACCACCGCCUCCGCCCCCUCCACCGCCGCCUCCCCCUCCGCCUCCUCCUCCACCACCGCCUCCUCCCCCAGCUUACUAUGGUCACUAUCUAUAAUUAGAGCUUGUGAUAUUUUAGUUUCUUAUUUUACCAAAAAUUGUCAUUUGAAUUUUUUUUUGGAGGUAUGAUUCAUCCUCAGGCUUAGUGACUGACAUUGUAAAAAAAAACAUUUGGAAAUGGAUUGCUAUUUAAUUUGUUGAAUAGAAGAUUAAUUGCUUAAGGAA